UGCAACUUAAGUGAUAACAUCUUGAACAAAUAAUUCAAUCUUAAUAUUGACUAAGAAAUUUAACGAGUUUUAAUUUUUUAAAAAAAUACAAGUUAAGAAAUAUUGCAAGUCGAUUUUAACAAAUUUCUCUGAAAACUUAUUAGCAAUGGACGAAAAAUAUGAAGGCGGAGUAAGUUUGGAAGAUGCAACUAAUAAUUCAUCAAAAAUGGACGACGAAAGCAGAAAAACUCCGGAAAAAACAAAUCAAAUUCCACAAAGUUUUAUUGAGUUAAAUGAUGGAAUCGAAAAGAGUUCAACAAUCAAGUCUCCUGCAAAGUCUUCAAAUAUAGAGGACGAAACUGUCCAAAAAGUAUUGAUAGAUAUUAAUUUUGGAAGCAAAAAAACAUACUUUGCAUUAAAUGAAGACUUUAUAGAAAUUAUUAAAAGAUAUUUCAAAGAAAAGAUUGAUGAUUUGGAUAUUUCUGAUGAUGCAUCUAACAAACGAAUUUGUGUAUCUGAGAAGUUGGUGAAAAAAUCAGAUUCAUUUUUAAUUGACACUACGCCUAGGAAAAGUUCAGCAGAAUCAACUCCUCGAUACACACCGUUCAGCAAAACUAUAUUAUCAAACAUAAAGGAUAAUGUCGAAGAAAAACCAGUGACAAUAAAUUCAUCAAAUAAAUGUUUUAAUUGUGAAGGAACUCAUAGUUUACGUGAAUGUCCGGAGCCAAAAAACAUGCUUAAAAUAAGAAAAGCUCGGAAUGAAUUUAACAAAAGAGAAUUGCGUUAUCACGACAAUGAUGGAUAUGCUGACUUAAUACCUGGUCAAUUAAGCGAUGAUUUGAAAAAUGCAUUAGGAUUAAUGGACAAUCAGCUUCCAUUACACAUAUAUAAAAUGAGAAACUAUGAUUAUCCUGUUGCGUGGCUUGAAGAAGCAAAAGUUUAUUAUUCUGGAUUACAAAUUCUUACCGACAAAAAUAUUGAGCUUAGCGGUGAUAUUCGUGAAAGUUUUAAAUAUGAUAUUGAGAGAAUUUAUGAUUUUCCAGGAUAUAAUGUAUUACCUAGCUUACCAUAUGUCGAUAAACAUCGAUUGUAUAAUCUACCACCUAUGCAAGCUCAUCAUUCAAAAGAAGAAUUUAUUUCAUCACUAGGAGACGUAUGUGUUGUUAAUGGAUAUAAAAAGAGAAAACUACGCGAUUCAAUAGAAAAAUUUGAUACAUCAACUAAUGUAGAAGAUGUUGAAAUGGAUGUUGAGAAUGACAUGCCCUGUAAUCAAUCAACUCUUAAUGAAUCAAAUAGCCAAAACUAUUCGCCUGAAGAUGGUGAACUGUCAAAUCAUUCUGAUACCUCCUUAAACUGCGAAGAAUUGGAUUUAGCAAGAAAUAAGCUAUUAACUGAACUGUCAGAAAUUAAUGAGACGCAAUCUGAAAACGAUCCUAAUUUGUUGAAAGUUGACUUGACAGAAAAAAAUGUCGACUUGACAGAAAACAACGUGGAAGAUUUAGGAGGAAUUAAACAAGGACAUGUUGAAACUACAAUUUUUGGAUGUCCAGUACUGCCAUCAUUUAGUCCGUUUGAAAAUCUGCCGUCAAAUGUUAAUUUUCAAGAAGGAGUUUGUGAUGUGAUUGCAUUUGAAAAUCUUACAGAAUCAACUGGAAAAUAUGAAAAAAUGAAAGGAAUCAUUAAGAAAGUACGAGUAUUUGUAAAGGAUCAUCACAAAGACUAAUUUCCAAAUAAACUAUAAAAUUAAGUUUUUUAUUAAUAGUUUUAUUGUUGUAAAAUUAGAGAUUACUAAUAAUGAAAUAAAAUGUUGU